CUUGAGGGGGGCGGUGGGCCUUUUUUUGUUCCGCGGGGAAGAGAGCCACAACACACCGCUCGAGACACCCCAUCACAGCGGAUCGUCUGCUCAAUCCCGGGUUGGGUUGGCGUGGAGGACACCGAAGCGACACGGCAGCCGGAGACAAGAGAGGAUCAGCUGGCAGACGAGCGGCGGACCGGCGGCAAGCUAUCGCCUCAUUUUUAGCCUUAUAACUCCUCUUGUGGGUAUUUUUUGGGGUGGGCGGGCGGGCGGGCGGGAGGACACACCGAGAAGGGACGAACACAACACGCCGAGAGGAGGGGGCUGGAAGUCUGCCUUCCAGCCUGAAGGGGCCGGCGGUUCGGCCACAGCACCCUGGAUUAGCUAGUUUGUACCCGCGCGGCUAAGUGAAUGGGAUGGAGCCGGGACCGUCUGGCGCUGUGCCCAUGGGGGUGUUCCCCCCACCCCUGCAGCAGGUGUUCCACGCCCCGCGUCGGCCAGGAAUGGGCACAGUGGGCAAGCCCAUCAAGCUGCUGGCCAACUACUUCGAGGUGGAGAUCCCCAAGAUGGACGUCUACCAUUACGAGGUCGACAUCAAGCCGGACAAGUGCCCGCGGCGAGUCAACAGGGAGGUGGUGGAGUACAUGGUGCAGCACUUCAAGCCACAGCUCUUCGGCGAUCGCAAGCCUGUGUACGACGGCAAGAAGAACAUCUACACGGUGCUGGCACUGCCCAUUGGUAGUGAGAAGGUGGAUUUCGAGGUCACCAUUCCAGGCGAGGGCAAGGACCGAAUCUUCAAAGUGUCCAUCCGUUGGCUGGCCAAGGUUUCGUGGCGCCUGCUGCAGGAAACGCUGGUCAGCGGGCGGCUGCAGGUGCCCCUCGACUCGGUGCAAGCCCUGGAUGUAGCCAUGCGGCACUUGGCCUCUAUGAGGUACACUCCAGUGGGUCGCUCGUUCUUCUCUCCGCCCGAGGGCUACUACCACCCUCUGGGGGGCGGCCGGGAGGUGUGGUUCGGCUUCCACCAGUCGGUGAGACCCGCCAUGUGGAAGAUGAUGCUCAACAUCGAUGUGUCUGCCACCGCCUUCUACAAAGCCCAGCCUGUCAUCGAGUUCAUGUGUGAGGUUCUGGACAUCCGCAAUAUAGAUGAGCAGCCCAAAACGCUCACCGACUCGCAACGGGUCCGUUUCACUAAGGAGAUCAAAGUAGUGUCAGGUCUCGUGUACCCUACUUCUCCAGGUCUCAAAGUGGAGGUGACACACUGUGGGCAAAUGAAGAGGAAGUACCGUGUAUGCAAUGUCACCCGACGUCCUGCCAGCCAUCAGACGUUCCCCCUCCAGCUUGAAAGCGGGCAGACAGUAGAAUGCACCGUUGCCCAGUAUUUCAAGCAGAAGUACAACCUGCAGCUAAAAUACCCCCACCUGCCCUGCCUGCAGGUGGGGCAGGAGCAGAAGCACACAUAUCUGCCCCUAGAGGUGUGUAACAUCGUGGCGGGCCAAAGAUGUAUCAAGAAGUUGACAGAUAAUCAGACAUCCACCAUGAUCAAAGCCACUGCUCGUUCAGCGCCGGACAGACAGGAAGAGAUCAGCAGGCUGAUGAAGAACGCCAACUUCAACCUCGACCCGUACAUUCAGGAGUUUGGCAUCAAGGUGAAAGACGACAUGGCUGAGGUGACGGGCAGAGUGCUCCCAGCCCCGAUCUUGCAGUACGGUGGACGGAACCGAGCUAUUGCCACCCCCAACCAGGGUGUGUGGGACAUGAGGGGAAAGCAGUUCUACAACGGCAUCGAGAUCAAAGUGUGGGCCAUCGCCUGUUUUGCCCCGCAGAAGCAAUGCAGAGAGGAGGUGCUUAAGAACUUCACAGACCAGCUACGGAAGAUCUCCAAGGACGCCGGCAUGCCCAUCCAGGGACAGCCGUGCUUCUGCAAGUACGCCCAGGGAGCGGACAGCGUGGAGCCCAUGUUCAGACAUCUGAAGAACACCUACUCGGGGCUGCAGCUCAUCAUCGUCAUUCUGCCUGGCAAAACCCCCGUCUACGCCGAGGUGAAGCGCGUUGGAGACACUCUGCUGGGCAUGGCCACGCAAUGUGUCCAAGUGAAGAAUGUGGUGAAGACGUCCCCCCAGACCCUUUCCAACCUCUGCCUCAAGAUCAAUGUCAAGCUGGGGGGCAUCAACAACAUCCUGGUGCCUCACCAAAGGUCAGCGGUGUUCCAGCAGCCUGUUAUCUUCCUCGGAGCUGAUGUGACUCACCCCCCUGCUGGAGACGGCAAGAAACCCUCCAUCACAGCUGUGGUGGGCAGCAUGGAUGCCCACCCCAGCCGGUACUGCGCCACCGUGCGGGUCCAGCGGCCCCGGCAGGAGAUCAUCGAGGACCUGUCCUACAUGGUGCGCGAGCUGCUCAUCCAGUUCUACAAGUCCACUCGUUUCAAGCCCACCAGAAUCAUCUUCUACAGGGAUGGCGUUCCCGAGGGACAGCUGCCGCAGAUUCUCCACUAUGAACUGCUGGCCAUCAGGGACGCAUGUAUCAAGCUGGAAAAGGAUUACCAGCCUGGCAUUACCUACAUCGUGGUGCAGAAACGCCACCACACACGCCUCUUCUGUGCCGACAAGUCCGAAAGGAUCGGAAAAAGCGGGAACAUUCCUGCUGGGACUACAGUGGACACCAGCAUCACUCACCCCUUUGAGUUUGAUUUCUACCUGUGCAGCCACGCAGGCAUACAGGGUACGAGCCGGCCGUCGCAUUAUUACGUCUUGUGGGAUGACAAUCGUUUCACGGCCGACGAGUUGCAGAUCCUCACCUACCAGUUGUGCCACACCUAUGUACGCUGCACCCGCUCUGUGUCCAUCCCAGCGCCGGCCUACUACGCCCGCCUCGUGGCCUUUCGCGCCCGCUACCAUUUAGUGGACAAAGAGCACGACAGCGGGGAGGGCAGCCACGUCUCGGGUCAGAGUAAUGGUCGGGACCCCCAGGCGCUAGCCAAAGCGGUCCAGAUCCACCACGACACCCUGAGGACCAUGUACUUCGCCUGAGCUGCGUGUCAAGCCACCCACCACUUCCCUGGCCAUGUCACUUCCACUUGAGUGGGCAUGUAGCUCCCCACCACCACCUCAUCCCCUUCCCUUGUCCCCUUGUGACUACCCACUACUCAUCCUCCACAGCCGGCCAGCCGCAUCGAUCCAAUCUUCAAAAACACUCUCCAGCCUCAUGCACUCAAAAGGUUAUGAAUAUUAUUAUUAUUAUUGUUAUUUUUCCUUUGUUUUUACUUGACCAGGACUGUUGGAUUUAUUUUUUUCCGUUGGUAUUAUGAUGUAAUAUUGUGUACUACCUUCACACAUGCAAGUAAGUAUGCAAUAGCGGAGGAAAGUAGGUGGUUCACAAUGCUGCCUCUUGAACACAAUCCGAAGUCCGGAUGCCAGUGUUCCAAAAUCAUGAGGAUUGGGAAUCCUUUGCUUACUUUUGUUGUUUUUAAUGUUUUUUUUUUUUUAAACAAAUAAUGUUGUUCUUUUUGUAUAGUUUUUUUGUUAGACCCGCCUUGAGGUACAUUAGCACUUAGCGUUUAGCAUGUAGAUGCCUGCACAUCGUAGGCUCUCGUCUUCAUUUUCUUAAGCGGGUGUAGCAUAUCUUAGAACCUUUAGAGGGCUUCGCAUCGCAUAACAAUAGAGGGACCAUUGCGUAGAGCCAGGGACGGGGAACCUUUUUCCCUCCUCCUACUUCUGUGUUGGUAGUCUGCAGGUUCCCCACCCCUGGUGUGUAAAAGAUACUUGCACCCCAUGCUCCUCAACCAGCAUUAUUAACCAGCCAUAAAAAGAACAAACAACCAGUGGAAAAAAGGGGCACUUGAAGAGGUAGCUCGUUUUUAUUUUUGUCUGUAUGCUCUUUAAGGAUUUACAAGGCACUUUUUUCGUGUAAUUUACAUAUUGCUUUUUAUUUUAUUUUAUUUUUUGUAUUACUUCCAAAUGGUCUCAUCUCUGUACACUAAAACUCGCACAUAUAGACAUUAGCUCUUACCUCACCGCCCAGAAAGCAGAAGCACACGCUCUAUGACCAUCCCUCUUCAAAUGCACUUCCUCAACACUCCUCAUCCUCUGCCAUUGUCACCUUCUUCCUCCCGCUGCACCUGCAUUUAUUGCUCCUCAAUCUCUUAGCGCAGGGUUUCCCAAACUUGAUCAUGAGUACAGCCACAAAAUGGUAAAAAAAAAGACAAGUCAGCAAUUUUGCUUUGUAGUAGUCAUUUUACCUUAAUUUCCAAUUUUGAAAAUUAACUCCGCGCUUCAAUAUAGCAAAAUAUAAAAAAACUACUUAAAUGGGCCAAUUAAAUGAUCCAUCCAUUUUUCUACCGCUUAUCCGAGGUCGGGUCGCGGGGGCAAUAGCUUUAGCAGGGACGCCCAUACUUCCCUCUCCCCAGCCACUUCAUCCAGCUCUUCCGGGAGGAUCCCGAGGCGUUCCCAGGCCAGCCGAAAGACGUAGUCUCUCCAGCGUGUCCUGAGUCGUCCCCGGGGUCUCCUCCCGAUGGGAUGUGCCCGGAACACCUCACUCAUCCGAAUCAGAUGCCCCAGCCACCUCAUCUGGCUCCUCUCUAUGGAGGAGCAGCGGCUCUACUCUGAGCUCUCCGAGCUUCUCACCCUAUCUCUUAGGGAGAGCCCGGACACCCUGCAGAGGAAACUCAUUUCGGCCGCUUGUAUCCUGGAUCUUAUUCUUUCGGUCAUGACCAACAGCUCGUGACCAUAGGUGAGGGUAAGAACGUAAAUUGACCGGUAAAUCGAGAGCUUCGCCUUUCGGCUUACCUCCUUAUUCACCACAACGGACCGAUCCAAAGUCUGCAUCACUGCAGACGCUGCACCGAUCCGCCUGUCGAUCUCCCGUACCAUUCUUCCCUCACUCGUGAACAAGACCCCAAGAUACUUGAACUCCUCCACUUGGGGCAGGAUCUCAUCCCCGACCUGGAGAGGGCACGCCACCCUUUUCCUUCUGAGUACCAUGGUCUCACAUUUGGAGGUGCUACUUCUCAUUCCAGCCGCCUCACACUCUGCUGCGAACCGCUCUCGUGAGAGUUGGAGAUCACGGCCUGAUGAAGCCAGCAUAACCACAUCAUCUGCAAAAAGCAGAGAUGCAAUACUGAGGCCACCAAACCGGACCCCCUCUAUGCCACGGCUGCACCUUGAAAUUCUGUCCAUAAAAGUUAUAAACAGAAUCGGUGACAAGGAGCAGCCUUGGCGGAGUCCAACCCUCACCGGAAACGAGUCCGACUUACUGCCGGUUAUGCGGACCAAACUCUGACUCCGGUCGUACAGGGACAAAACAGCCCGUAUCAGGGGGUUCGGUACCCCAUACUCCCGAAGCACCCCCCACAUGACCCCCCGAGGGACACAGUCGAACGCCUUCUCCAAGUUCACAAAACACAUGUAGACUGGUUGGGUGAACUCCCAUGCACCCUCGAGGAUCCUGCCGAGGGUGUAGAGCUGGUCCACUGUUCCACGGCGAGGACGAAAACCACACUGCUCCUCCUGAAUCUGAGAUUCGAAUUCCCGACGGACCCUCCUCUCCAGCACCCCUGAAUUGACCUUACCAGGGAAGCUGAGGAGUGUGAUCCCCCUGUAGUUGGAACACACCCUCCGGUCCAGAAGGGGGACCGCCACCCCAGUCUGCCAAUCCAGAGGCACUGUCCCCGAUGUCCACGCGAUGUUGCAGAGGCGUGUCAACCAGGACAGCCCCACAACAUCCAGAGCCUUUAGGAACUCCGGGCGAAUCUCAUCCACCCCCGGGGCCUUGCCACCGAGGAGCUUUUUAACCACCUUGGUGACCUCAACCCCAGAGAUAGGAGAGUUGUUCUCCAUGACCUCACCGAACUCCUCCCAUACCCGAGUUUUUGCUUAAGCGACCACCAAAGCUGCAUUCUGCUUGGCCAGCCGGUACCCAUCAGCUGCCUCAGGAGUCCCACAGGCCAAAAAGGCCCGAUAGGACUACUUCUUCAGCUUGACGGCAUCCCUCACCGUUGGUGUCCACCAACGGAUGCGGGGAUUGCUGCUAUGACAGGCACCGACCAACUUACGGCCACAGCUCCCGUCAGGCGCCUCAGCAAUGGAGGUGCGGAACAUGGUCCACUCGGACUCAAUGUCCCCCGCCUUCCCCGGAACAUGAGCAAAGUUCUGUCGGAGGUGGGAGUUGAAACUCCUUCUGACAGGGGAUUCUGCCAGACGUUCCCAACAGACCCUCACAAUACGUUUGGGCCUGCCACGUUGGACCGGCAUCUUCCCCCACCAUCGGAACCAACUCACCACCAGGUGGUGAUUAGUUGACAGCUCCGCCCCUCUCUUCACCCGAUUAUCCAAGACAUGCGGCCGCAAGUCCGAUGACACGACCACAAAGUCGAUCAUCGAACUGCGACCUUGGGUGUCCUGGUGCCAAGUGCAUGUAUGGACACCCUUAUGCUUGAACAUGGUUUUCGUUAUGGAUAAUCCGUGAUGAGCACAGAAGUCCAAUAACAGAACACCGCUCGGGUUCUGAUCGGGGCGGGGCCGUUCAUCCCAAUCACGCCCUUCCAGGUCUCACUUUGAAGUCCCCCAGCAAAACGAUGGAGUCCCCAGCGAGAGCACUCUCCAGCACCCCCUCCAAGGACUCCAAAAAGGGUAGGUACUCUGAACUGCUGUUUGGUGCAUAGGCACAAACAACAGUCAGGACCCGUCCCCCCCACAAAAGGCGGAGAGAGGCUAACCUCUCGUCCACCGGGGUGAACCCCAACGUACAGGCACCGAGCUGGUGGGCAAUAAGUAUACCCAUACCUGCUCGGCGCCUCUCACCGUGGGCAACUCCAGAGUGGAAGAGAGUCCAACCCCUCUCGAGAGGACUGGUACCACAGCCCAAGCUGUGUGUGGAGGCGAGUACGACUGUAUCUAUUCGGAACUUCUCGACCUCACACACCAGCUCAGGCUUCUUCCCUGCCAGAGAGGUGACAUUCCACGUCCCUAGAGCCAGCUUCUGUAGCCGGGGAUCGGAUCGCCAAGGUCCCUGCCUUCGGCCACCGCCCAGCUCGCACUGUACCCGACCCCUAUGGCCCCUCCCAGGGGGAACUGUACUUAGUGAUUCGUUUGCUUAGCACUUCCGCUUGUCCCACACUUUGACUGUCACUGUCCUGAGAUUUUGUCUGAUUACUAACACAUUUAACUACGUCUGCUCUGUCGAUGUACAGUAUGACACGAAAUUGCCAGAUUUUUCUUUUCUUUUGGGCAGUUGACUCGCCAAAAGACAUGAAUUUCUAAAACCUCCACUCCAAAAUUCAACCGUGAAGACAGUUUUACUAAGCAACAUGAAAUUUGGUUAUGUCUAUCAUAAGUAGACCUACAAAAAUGUCACAGGAAGUCAUAUAUUGGUGUGAAGCAAACAAUACAGCCUAAUUCUCCUCAGAGCUAUUUAUUUAUUUUUUUGUCUGAUUGCUGAUAAAUUGUAACCAUGUAUGCUAGACACAUGAAAGACACUAAAUUGGCUUUUUUUGUGUUGGUCAUUGUGUGUAGGCUGAGCAUUGAAGCAAAAUUUUACGGCUCACAAUAAAACAAAGGACUCCAAAGGAUAGACUAAUCCUAGAGAUUUUGCCGUAUCGCUACUAAAUUUUAAACUAAUUGUACUAGACGGGUCGAUUACACUAAAUUGGUUGUUUUUGGUGCCCUGCGAUUGGCUGGCAACCAGUUCAGGGUGUACCCCGCCUCCUGCCCGAUGACAGCUGGGAUAGGCUCCAGCACGCCCGCGACCCCAGUGAGGAGAAGCGGCUCAGAAAAUGGAUGGAUGGAUGGUUGUUUUUGCUAAUUUUCUGCCUUUGUCAAAGGAAUUGAUUUUCUCUCUUACCACUAUGGCACCAGUCACACAGCUACAAUGGUACUGUCUAACUCAUAUGGUUAGCACUUGAGGCCUGUAAUUCAGUUCUUGCUGUCAAGCUCGCUUAAGUAAAAAGCUAAAAAUACAAUUUCAAGAGAUUCACGGUGCCCUGUACUGCAAGAAAUGUAUAGACGCACAAUUUGGGAAACCCUGCCUUUUUUAGUGUGUGAGCCAAUUUCCCUUGGUGCUCCGUGUGCAUGGUUGGCACGGGUAAGGGGGGUUGCGACCACUUAACACACCCUGCCUUUUAACUGUGAUGAUAAUAAUGCAUGUAAAACGUAAAACUGGAUUAUCUGAGCCACCUUAUUUUUUUGUCCGGGGGGCAUUGUUUUUGCUCGCCGCUCCCUGUUUGCCUCAAUUGUGAAGUGGUAACAAAAAUCUGUUUUUUUUCCCCACCACAUCAUUUGAGUAUCGUGACUCGUGUCUGUGGAGACCAAAACCCCUUUCACACAGCCGCGCUUUUUGUCAGAGGAAUUCAUUUCCUAUGGCACAUGCUGCACAAUUGCAAUAGUAUGGUCCCUCUCAAUCAGCCAAACUCGCGUAGCUUUGAGACCCUCUAUCCGGUCCAGCAUAUGAUUUUAUUCUUAAAAUGGAGAAAAAAAAAAAAAAAAGAAACCUAACAAAGUAUCACUUUUUCCGUCCCCUGUUCCCCCCAUGGAACUGGUGCUACCUCCAAAGAUGGAAAAAAUUAUUAUUAUUUUUUUAAUUUUCCAACUUUGUCCCCACAAUUCAGUGUCAAUGCCAUUUAUACAUAAUGUAUCAACAGCUUCGACGAAUGGGGGUACAAAGCCAAAUAGGGAAUUUUUACACCUUGAAAGUAGUAUCAGAGUUGAGGUGUUACGAGUUUCUCUCAGGUGUUCUAUAUGGGGUUUAAAGUUUGACACGCACUUCUACCGCCCUAUUGUGUUGAAAGCAGUUGUUGUUGUCCGGGAUUCUCCUGCCUCUUCCAAUGUUGCUGUUCUCAGCUAUUCCGCCCUUCACGAUUUUUUUCUGGAAGGCCCAAGAUGUGGAAAUCAGUGCAACUCUCAACAUUACACAUGGCUAAUAAUCUAAUGUCUGGAAUUUUAAGUAAUUAACGCUUCUUUAGGCCUUCUGGGAAAAUCUUAUAGAUGAGAGUUGAGGCGUUACGAGUGUCUCUAAGGGUAUUCUGCAAUGCCAGGACCAGGGGAUUUGAAAUUUUAACACCUCACACUCAUUCUUUCGCCAAACAGUUGUGUCGAAAGCUAUUGUUGCUGCACAGCAUUUUUUCUGCCAAUCUUUUGCCAUUUUUUUUUUAUUACCCCCCACCUUCAGAGGGAGUGUCAGAGUACAGAGUUCUGCCUCCGUGUGUAGAAGGGUAAUGACAGGACCAGGGGGUUUGAAGUUUAACACCUGACACUCACUUUCCCCGCAAAAUUUUAUCGAAAGCAAUUGUUCCCCCCCGGCAUUUUUUUCUGCCAACCCUCUCAAAUGUUUUCCACAGUCAGCAUAGUCAGGUAGUGUCAGCAUUCAGAGGCGGUACGCUCCCUGUGUGUAAGGCUUUUCCACAAUGCCGGGACCAAGGGGUUUGAAGUGUAACACUUGACAUGCACUUCCCCUGCACAAUAGUGUCGAAAGCAAUUGUUACUCUGCCAUUUUUUCUGGCUAUUUUUUUUCCCCGCCUUUGGAGGUAGUGUGAGGUAGAGACAUUUAAGGGUAUUCGAGGGGAAGAUAAGUUUUAAUACCUGACAUGUCCCUCACAGUUGGGUGAAAAGCAGUUAUUGCUGUCUGUCAUUUUUCCAACUUUUUCUUUUUCCGUCAGUGGUGUAUAAACACUGAAAACGUAAAGUGCAUGUAACUUAAUGUUUAUUUCCUCCUAGAAAUUUUUAUCAAAAUAAAAAAUGUGCACAAGAAUAACUUAUUUGCGCAUAUGGAGUACAAAAGUCAAAACAUGACAGCUCUGUAUUGGAAAAGUGCACGUAUACAAUAUUUCCUACUUAUUUGGGUUAGGGUUACUAUUACUAUUUGCAGGGUUUUUAAGUAAUACCUAAUUGAAUAGUGUGUUUGCGGCGUGAAAAUUGCCAGUUCUUUUUCAAUUUCUUCCUCAAACCUUCAUUUAUUGCGUCUGUCAACAAGUUUACUAUAUUGCUUCCUGUGUGGCUUGUGUGGAGGGCUCUCGUCUACAUAACAUUUGACACUAAUUCCCACUUGUUGGAAAUGAAAUGGGAAGUGGUAGUUACGUACGUAGGGGUCAGUCUCUCUGAAAGCCCAACCAUCACAUAAGAACCACUCUUUCUGCCGAUUUCACGACUCCAAGACUGCUGUCUUGACUCUGUGUACAGCUUCGGGAUGGCGACUUCUGACGUGUUUUCGUGUUGGUAUUGCGUAUUGUAGUUGGGAGUGUCUUUUGUCCAUUUCCUGUGAUCCGGAUUUACAAGGAAAUCCAAAAUGACUCUAAACAUCUGAUUUAAAAAUAGAUGUCGCUCACCUCACGCUGUAGCCAUAGACUGCUGCUUGCUCGAGUCUGCAUUUUGUUGUCGUUUGGUCGAGUGCGGCUUCCUCCAAUGUGAAUCACAUGCAAAGCCCCCACACUGCCAGAAGGUGAAUCGAUUCAGGGGAUUUGCUGAAUCUAUUUUGAAGCAUUUUGAAGGGAAGCAUAGCAAUGAAUUGCUGAAUCGAUAUUUUUACCCACCCCUAGUUGAAAGUAAUGUUCCCUGCCGGGCAUUUUUUUUCUGCCAACCCUACUCAUUUUUUUUUGCUCCACCUUUUGGAGGUAGUAAGAGUUGAGACAAUAUGAUUUCACAAUGCGGGGGACCAGGGGCAUGUGAAGUUUUAGCACCUGACAUUCUACACAGUUGUGUCGAAAGCACUAGUCCAUUAUCCAAUUUGUGGGAUCCCUGGUCUCUGUGUGUAAUCACAGCCAGUUAUGUGUACUUAUCUCGCCUUGGCUGGGUUCUUCAUAGGCGCAGGUGGGUAAAUCUUGUCUUUUAUUGCAGGAUAUCUGUGUGAAAGAGGCUUUGGUCCAAAUGCCACCUUAGUCGUCCUCACAACGCAUUUGUGGGGUCUUUAAAUCACAUUUAUAGACUAGACUAUUAAAAAAGCCUUUGUACGACGUUUUACCGACCUGUCAUUGUGUUGAAGGUGAUUUGUACAUAUAAAUAUAUGAUAUUAACCUGUUAUGUAUUUUGGCUCACCACUUGCCAGGCCUUGUCACAUUUCGCCGAGGGCCAAUAGUCUCCCGCCGCCUCGUUCGUCCCCCCCCCCUCCAUAUAAUAAUGAUACAAAGUUUCGGGGCAUUCCCUUGCACCGCUAAAACCAGAUGCAGUUCUCACUCACUGAAGCCACAAAGCACCUUGCAAGAGAGGGCGGGCGGCGAACGGGAGGGCCGGGUGGGGUGGGGUGGGUUGGCCUGGGGUGGCGGGUAACAUACUGUAUGGAUUACAGGUGGCAGCCUCACCAUCUGACUAAGCAAUAUUGAAGCCACUGAUCAAGAACAGUCCUCAUCAUAGCACUUCCCAAUAUAUUUGGAACGAAAGGACAUGGAAGCAUUGUGCUCUCUUGGCUCUGUAUGUGGUAGUAGUAAUGGAAACUCUGUUGGGGAGUGUUAUUUUUUAAGAAGAAAAUAAAUUUGUUUUUUAAAUAACAA